AAUACCUGCAGACACAUGACGGCAGCACAAGAACUCGACACCUGACGCUGAACACAGCCUCCUCCACCAACGCCUGUGCCGCACAAUGAACGUCAAGGUACUCCUCCUCCUGGCCCUGGUGGCAGCCGUCGCUGCAGAGGGCUCUCACUCCCACGAGGACUCCUACGGCGCGUCCUCCGAGGAGGCCAAGUAUGAAUUCAGCUACCAGGUAAAAGACGACGAGGGCAACGACUUCGGCCACGAGGAAAGGCGCGACGGCGACCACACUCAAGGCUCCUACUACAACGAGCUGCCUGACGGCCGCCGCCAGACCGUCACAUACGAAGUGAAGGGCGACUCCGGUUACGUGGCGGACGUCAAGUACUCGGGCGAGGCUCACUACGACUCUGGCUCCUACGAGUCCAGGGAGUCUGAGUCCAGGGAAUAUUAUAACUAGGUCUGCGAGGAGCAGCGCACGCAGCGGUGCCGCCUAACCCGCCACUCAUCCACAUGUCGGCUGAGCCCAGCCUGGGGCGCCGCGCCCCGCCACACGCGCCCACAUCCACCUCCAUGGCGUGUGUGGACGUCUCCUUACGUUCGUCGAUCACCUUUGCUAUUAUUUCUUUGUAAUACUCGAAUUAUUUAUUAAAAAUGUCAAAAUAAGAAA